AUGGUGAACCAAACAAAAAGUGACCAGGGGAACUGCUUUAAGGGCUUUCGUUUUCUGCCUUUUCCAGCUCGUCGUGGUUCUCGUUCUGCUCUGUAUCCAGCGCCUCAGUUGCUUGAGAAUCUGCCGCUGAAAACAACCAAAGGCUCACCUUUCGUUCGAAAACACGAACAACCUUCUCCCAUCGAAUACUCCAGUGGCAGCGAGUCUUCCCCACUGAGGAACUCCGAGCCUCAGUAUACUAAUAUGUCUGGAACACCUGGUUCCAGCUUUCCUUCCCCAGCUGCUCCCGCCGGCACGCCUCCUGCUACGUCUGUCACCACAACCGCCCAGACACAGCACUCCCUGACCCGAACACAAUUCGAGCCAGUCACGGCGCACACCGCAAAGUGCGACCUUUGCAACGCCAGAAACGACUUGGGCAUGUCCCGAUGCUCGUCCUGCGGCUGGCAAUCCUGCCAUGCCUGCACGAUCAAGAACGGCUGCACGCGGACGCACAACGCUGGGAGCCGCGUGCACACUGGCCCAAUCGACCGGAACGAGCUUGUUUCAUCAAGUGCCUUGCCCAAGAGCAAAAAGAAGAAAGGUCUACCCAAGCGAGAGAACGCCAACAAGGUCCAGAAGGACCUGGCGAGGCGCUCUCAGCGCGGAUGUGGACGUGGGCGUGGAAGGGAGCAAGCGCAGACACCUCGCACCCAGUCUCAAACCAAAAGGGACCAGAGACAAGGUGUUCAUAGGGCUCGCAGUCCCAGCCGUACCCCCGAAGCCACCGUUAAUUCUCCCGUUUCCUUGGACGACUGGCAGUCCACCGCCCCGCUUCUCGACGACGAGGCCUUCACUCCCUCCACCGCCACCGACGUCGAUGAGGCUGAAGCCGAAAUGGACAAAGUCCUAGCCGGGGCUAGAAAUUUGUACGCCUUCAGCCUCGAGGCGCACGGCGAGUGGAUACAGGAGGAGCGAGAGAAGGAACCGGCGAGGAGGUGGUGCUAUCAGGCGUAUAAACUGAGCGAUCUUCAUGGGUAUGCGCAGGACCAGGCGGCUAGAGCGAUGGAGGAGUUUAGAAAGAGGGAUGGGUGGUGGGGUUGUUUUUGA